AUGGUAAUGGGCGAGGGCGUGGGGCACUGGCGGAGGUCUUGGUCAUCUUCAAGCUCGACAACCGGCGUUGAUUUAAUUUAUUUUAAAAAGAUGAGUGUAGCAGUUCUUGAUAGCAAAACAGUGACGAGAUUCGUGGAAGCAAAAGAAGCAUUCAAGAAAUGCGUGGAAAAGUACUUCAAAAUGGUGGAUUCCAACGGGAACGGAGUGAUUUGUCGGAGGAAACUUAGAGAAGGGCUGGAUUUGCUUUUCACGGUGGAACAUGAAUCCACGGUGUCCAAAGAAGAUAUUGAUAACUUUCACUGCAUGAUAUUCGAUAAGUUCGAUGAGGAUCGCAAUGGGAAGCUGGAUCUCUAUGAGUUCGCGGCGCUGGUGAAGGAGAUCAUGAUGGCCAUGGCUCGUGGGAUGGGCAGUUUGCCCGUCAUCGUGGCUCUCGAUCAAGAUAGCUUGCUCAUGAUGGCGGUUCAACAUGAAAUUGGCUCCUAAUUCCAUGUGGAAUUUUUGUGAACAUUUUUUUUUGGUUACGAAAAACAAGAGGGGAGUAUUUUUAGAAAUUUAUUUAGGGUAAAGUACACUAACUCUCACCCAACUUUAAUCUUAAUGACAAAACGGUCACUCAAUUUUCAAUUCAGUCAUUUAACUUUUAAAAAAUAACAAAUCAGUCACUAACGUUAUUGAAAAAUGACAAACCAAUCAUCCACUAAUGUUUUCGAUUAUAGGCCU